AUGAAAGUGAAGAACCUUCCUUUCUGCACCUUCUUUUACAUUUUGAUCUCUUUCUCAAUCUUCUUGGAAUUCUCCUCUGCAGGUGAUACCAUAAAUGAGACUCAAUCCCUCAAGGACAGGCAGACCUUAGUUUCAUCAGGGCAAAGCUUUGAAUUAGGCUUUUUCUCGCCUGGUGAGUCCAAGGGGCGGUAUUUGGGAAUAUGGUACAAGAAUUUUCCAAGCACCGUUGUAUGGGUGGCUAACAAGGAAAAGGAAAUUACUGAUUCCUAUGGAGUUUUAAGUUUUGGAACUGAUGGAAAUCUAGUUGUACUCAACCAAUCAAAAGGCAUAAUCUGGUCAUCAAGUUUGUCAAGAAUAAUUGAAAAUCCAGUUGUGCAGCUAUUAGAAUCUGGGAACCUUGUCCUUAGAGAAAAGAGUGUUGCAGAUCCAGAAGGGUAUAUAUGGCAAAGCUUUGACUUCCCAUGCCACACACUGCUACCAGGCAUGAAGUUUGGAUGGAACUCAAAGACCAGACAGGACUGGUAUCUGACAUCUUGGAGAAGUGCCAGUAAUCCAUCUCCUGGAGACUUCACUUGGCGAAUUGAUACUGUUGGAUUACCACAAGCUGUUCUUCGCAAGGGAUCAGAGAAGAAGUUUUGUGCUGGUCCAUUGGAUCACACUUUAGCGGUUAUCCAGCAGCUAAAAAUAUAUUUAUCAAACCUUCUAUGGCAAUUAAUGAAAAUGAAUUUUACUAUUUUUAUGAGCUUAUUGACAAUUGAAUUAUAACGAGACUUACUUUGGAUGAACAGGGUUCCCUCACACACUUUGUAUUGAGGGAAAGGGGACCAGAGUGGGAUCUUGUGUUUUCAAUACAAGCCGAUCAGUGUGAUGAUUACAGACGCUGUGGUGCCAACAGCAUUUGCAGAAUUCAUGAUAAGCCAAUUUGUCAGUGCUUGGAUGGGUUUGUUCCUAGAUUGCAGAAUGAAUGGCAAUUACUUAUUUGGACCAGAGGAUGUGUUAGGAGAACACCACUGGAUUGCCAAAAAGGGGAAUGGUUUGUAGAAGUCAAGAACGUGAAAUUGCCCGACCCCUUAGAGUUUUCAGUGAACACUAGCAUGACCCUUAAGCAAUGUGAGGCUGAGUGCUUGAAGAACUGCUCUUGUAUGGCUUACUCUAAUUCAGAUAUUAGAAAAGGAGGCAGUGGCUGUUUGAUAUGGUUUGGAGAUCUAAUUGAUAUCCGAGAGUUCACUGGAGAUGCUGCGACUGAUAUCUAUAUUCGAAUGUCAGCUUCAG